AUGAAUACCGACGAAAAUGUUAAGCUGGAGGAUGCUGUACAAGUGCAGACAGUUAGUGCACCUCGACUUAAUCCGCCAAAUAUGACUGCGUCGAAUAUAGAGUCAUAUUUUUUGUCCUUGGAGUUUUGGUUCGCGGCAUCAGGAAUCGGGGCCUCGCACGAUACCAAAAAGUACAAUAUCGUGAUGGCGCAGGUCCCGGUUGAAAAGUUGACGGAACUACGCACUAUCAUCGAGGGUGUUCCUGUGUCGGAAAAAUAUCCAUAUAUCAAGAGCAAGCUCAUCGAACACUUCGCCGACAGCCAGCAGCGACGUCUCCACCGCGUGCUUGCCGAGAUGCCAUUAGGAGACAAAAAACCGAGCCAACUUUUUAAUGAGAUGCAACGGGUUGCCGGGACAUCGCUUGGUGAUGCUGUGCUUAUCGAUCUCUGGACAUCUAGACUACCUGCUCAUGCGCAGCCGGCAGUUAUCGCGUCGAAAGGUGCAGCUUCCGAAAAAACCGCCAUCGCAGACGCCAUCGUCGAUUCGAUGGGACUUCGCAGUAUUUCCGCCAUCGAGAAUAGUGUCGUCCAGAAACCAGCAAUCUCAGUGGAACAAUCAUUGGUUGAGUGCAUCGGUAUCCUUCAAAAAGAAAUCGCUGGGCUCUCAAGAAAAUUGGAACAGUCCUGGCCAGCUAACAGCGAAUUCCGUGGGCGCAAUCGAUCAAACAGUCGAGGCAGAUCAGUGAGUUCACGACGCAGCAACGAAGAAGAAGGUCAAUGUUGGUAUCACCGCACAUUCGGUAGGGAAGCUACUCGUUGCCGGAAGCCGUGUUCGUUCGGGCGAUCCUCGUCGCCUGCUCAUCGCAACCAACAAUGA